UCUCUUCAUCUGUGUGUCGUUUACUGUUGCAUUCUUGUUAAACCCUGGACGUUAGUGAGUGGUUGUAGUCCUUGUAGUGGCAUCAGCACGCUUAGGGGUGAGCAUGGCUUGACGGGUGUGUUGUAGAGGGCUGAGAGGCGUGAGGGCGCCCACAGAGCGGCUAGUCCUCCUCAGUGUUCAGCAGUAAUUAUCUUGUCCAGCGCCGAGGAUACGCGAUGGCCCUACUGGUGGGGAAGGUGAGGGGCCUCCCAGGAGACCAGGUCUCGACUUACGAUGUCUUCUACCGCCUGGCCACCUCCCCCGAUACACGGGACAAGGUGGCCCUUGUCGCCGAUUCUUCCAGCAUCACCUACAGACAGCUCCUCUGCAUGGUCCACUCACUCCACCUCUGGCUCAGGAAAAAUGUGCAAGAGGCAGCUACCAGGUGCCACCUCGGUCUCCAGGCUCAGGGGGAUAGGUCGUCACACGAGCCGUCGCCAGAACCAUUGCAACAAACAUCCACACACCUGAAAACUCAAACAAUAAUCGCUCUGUGUCUGCCACGGAGUCCCCAGCUGGUGGCCUUGAUCUUGGCCAUCUGGAAACAAGGGUGGGCGUACGUGCCACUUGAUCCCUCCGUGCCAGCCCUCCGUACACUGUACGUCGUGAGAGAUGCCGAGCCAUCCUGUGUCAUCACUGACGCCCACACCUCCAUCAAGAUCAGACAGCUGGAGUGUGACACCACCAUCACCCCGGAGGUGGCACCACUAAAUCACUCCCCAUACAGCCUUGCUGACCGCAUCCUCGACAUCGGUGACUGGGACGGUAAUUUCUCGUCCAUGGAUGCUGAAGAUACGAGCUGCGACUCUGGCGUAAGAACUGGAGAUAAGAGGGUGGCGUGCAUCUUGUACACCUCGGGCAGCACGGGCAACCCCAAGGGUGUCCUGCUCACGAUGGAGAACCUCAUGAACCGUCUGCAUUGGCAGUGGCAGGAGCUGCCCUACACUGAAGGUGAAAUGUGCCUCAUGUCGAAGUCACUGACAUUCGUCGACUCUGUGACGGAAUUGAUGGGACCGCUGCUGGGAGGAGUGCCUGUGGUGGUGAUGAGGGAAGAGGCCAUUAACCCAGAGCUGGUGAUCAGGUACGUCAGCCAGCACAGCGUGACGCGGCUGGUGUUGGUUCCAUCCCUCCUAAAGCUGCUGCUCCUUUACCUCAACACCACUAAGGACUCUAUUACCAUCCUUCAGAGACACCUGCGCAUCUGGGUCACGAGCGGAGAAAUGCUCCCAGGCUGGCUCAUCAACGAUUUCUUUGCCAUGUUCCCUGGCAGCAAAUUCAUCAACCUGUACGGGUCAACUGAGGUGACAGGCGACGUCUCCUGCUACAUUAUAGAUGAGGUCAGCUGGCGUGCGGGGGUGAAGGUGCCCGUCGGGCGCCCAGUAUCCAACACGGCGCUCCUUGUGGUACGGCGGGAGGGAGGCAGCCUCUCCCUCGCAAGAGAGGACCAGCCAGGCGAAAUUGUCGUCCUGGGUAAGAAUGUUUGCGCUGGUUAUCUCGACGGCAAGCUUCACAGAGACCAAGACGAGUCCUUUCUCCCGGUCUCUACAGUCAUGGUGCAGGAUGUUGGAUUGAGGGCGAAGCUUGAAGAUUUCGUCAGUAAAGUCUGCGGGAAUAAUAUCACUAGUGGCAGGACCCAAGAAGCUGUGACACGGGCCCACAACACUGCCCCGUCGGGUGCCUCGUGUGCUGGUCACUGCGAUGACACACAAAAUGGGGAAGACCCACAUUCCAUACCAUCGGUGUCUGUCUCAUCAGCCCAAAACUCUAGACCUCAGGAGGGCUCGCAGAGUCCUACAACUCGGAGAUUCAAGUCAUCUCUGGGCAAAACAUUCCAGCCUGCGCUGGCACCUCGCCCCGGGAAGAGCCCCACACCACCUACGGUCCCUCCAAGAACAUCAACACCUCCAACUGUGCCUCGCAGAACGCCUAGACCUCCUCACAAGACUGGUGACGGGUCAGCAAGUCCCUCCAAAACACCAGCGAGUUUAAAAACCAUUUCAGGAUUGUCUUCCAAAACGCUAGCGGAACCAUCGAGCAAGCCAGCGACAAGAACGAGAGCAGACAGCCCGCAAAUUGUCACAGAGUGUCAGAAAAAAGCUACAGCUUACCGAACGGGCGACCUUGGCAGAGUGGUUGGUGGCCAGCUGGUGGUGGAGGGACGCAGCGACUUGCAGGUGAAGGUGCGGGGUGUCCGGGUUCACCUGACAGAGGUAGAGGAUGCUGUGCACCGCAGUGGGUACGUGGCGAGAGUGUGUGUGGUGGCGGCGAAGGACAGGCAGGGCGAGGACGAGGAGGAGGUGCUGGCCGCCUUCGUGGUGUUGAAGGAGGAGUUCGAGGAUAGAGACCGGUGGGUGACGGAGGACCUGGGGCGGUGCCUGAGAGGGUACCUGCCGAGGGGGCUAGUACCCCGGCUUCUGGUGGUGGACGCUCUACCACACCUCCCGAGCGGUAAGAUCGACCGCCAAGCGCUGCUCGCGCUCUACCACAAGCGGAUGGUUCAACGCCGCACCUCCACUGACGACGUACUUAUCCUCAGGAAGGAGGAGCCUAUAGAGUCCCGCGUGCUUAGAAUCAUCUGCGGUGCCCUCGGUGUGAGUCGCUCACAGGAUGUCCUGCAGAAGAAUUUCUUCGAACUGGGCGGCAGCAGCAUCACCUCCGUCGGUGUGGUGGUACGCCUGCGGGACCUGGGCCUCGACGUCACCCUCGACGCCUUCCUUAAAGCCGCUACUAUUGGUGAAGUCGUCAGUGAUAUUUUGAAGGCUAAGACCAUGGCAGAGGUGAUGAACCUUUUCUGCUCGCCGUCUCCUUCCAAUCCCAACACUGCCCCUUCCCACGCCACCUCUUCUGGGAGGGAUGAGGAAGGCAGAGACGACGACGAGGAGGAGGAGGAAGGCCCGGUCUCAGACAUGAGCAUCCCCGCUCUCCACCCUGACCUACCCAUAAGUACCUCCGGGGCCAAGUCCAAGGGCCUCAGAUUGGCACAGCUCCACACACUUCCUGUCUCCCAGGGUGUUGACAAGCACAUGGUGAUUGAGAUGGUUGCUGAGAGUUUCACCACCAAGAACCCGCUUGACGUGACUAUGAGGGUACCACGAGCUGCCCACCACGCCCUCCUCAACCUCCUGUGGCCUCGCCUGGUGCACGAUGACUUGAGCUUCGUGGUGAAGGAUCCCCAACGAGGCGUCCUUGGGGCUGUGAUCAACACUGACUUCUUCAAUGAGCCUCAGAUGCUGGUGCCAACCAGCAUGGAGGAGAUAGCUGCCCUCCACCACCCUCUGGAGGAGGCGGCGCGGCACCUGCUGCGUCAGGAGGCCGGGGAGCGCGGGGUGCGAUGGGUCCACAACCUCUUCCUCGCCACUAGCAUCUGCCUCAAGCCUCAGGAUAACGUGCGUCUGGCCCUACAUCUGGAGAAGGAGUUGUUAAGGAUGGCCCAGACGAAACUUUACCAUGGUGUCUUCACUGUUAACUCUAACCCUCUCAAUCAGCUGCUGUGUGAGAACUACCUGGGCUACCAGAGACGCGGGGCGACCCGGGUGUCUUCCUUCCUCCACAAGGGCCGCCAGCCUUUUGCCAGCCUUCCCCAUGACCUGCUCCUCGUGGCCAUGACUAAAACCAUCUGAAUACCGCCAUCUUACGCCGGAGGUGGACUCCUACAGCGAUUUCGUCCAUCUUACGAGUUUGGUGGACACUUUCAGCGACAUUUUUCUUAAAUACUUGAGGUGUAGCUUCUUAACCUGCCACCAGUUGCCCCUGUGACGUCCGUCGUGUGUGCCAGCAGUAUGGUGCCCCAUAACUGCCCUGAUCACCCCAGCACCAGGAAGAUGGGAGCGUGUUUCUUAGCUGUGGUCUGUAUCAUUCAUAACAGAGGUCGUGUUCUUGUGUUCUGGUCGUGAUAAUGUCGUCUAUUUUCUUGUUAAACAUUAGCUUAUAAUAAUAAUUACAGAUUUGUAACUUGUCAUUGUAUUAGGUUGCAGAAUUAGGUGAUUGUUCAGAAGUCAUUGUAAUCAUAUUGCAUUGCAGAACUCAUUGAAUGUUAUGUAUUGCUAUGUAUUUGAGUUGGUUGUAGUAGUGUCCCUUACAGUCUGAAGAACCAAGGCAUGGUUCCAGUGACAGUGCUGGAACUAGUCUGGAGUUGCAGGAGCAGACUGUGUUAAUACCGUUAUACAACGGCUGCGGUGUUACUAUAAGUGUAGCGUGGAGCUCCGACAACUUGACGUACGGUAAUGAUCAGGAUCAAACAUUACGGCAGGUUGACUACAUAGCACUUGAUCAGCCUAAGUACCUCCUUCCACUAGUAUUGGCAAGCACACAGAGUUGUGCUUGCGAAUUGAGCUUCGGCUCAUUGGUCCCGCCUCUCAACUGGAGUGACGAGUCGCAGGUCGUACACCAAGGGUAAAAUAGGUGGGAAUAAGGGAUACAGAUCGUCCAUAUCGGAUUCAACUCAAGAGGUGUUAUGGAAAGAUUGUCUCUUGUUACCAGCAGGAAACAUCGCCUCUCAACAGCGGUGUCGCCUCUAAUUUGACCUUCAUUAUUUAUUUGGAAAAUAUGUGGAUGUAACGUCAUCAGCAAGUUUAGGUAGUCGUAUACAAGUUAUUUAUUUCAGUAAGAAGACCUGACGAUGAUCCACGACGGUCCAACAGCCAGGCUGGAGGGUUUUAUGAGGUAUUAAGCUUACUUUUCAUGUUCGCAGUUUUAAACUCUAAAUUUCUUUGUGAAUUUAGUGUGUGUUGUGAUGUAAACAAAUGAGGUCAUGAUCGUUGAUGGCAGUGUUGCCGUAGCUGUACACCCGUCCUCCUGUUUAGCUACAACUUAUAGUAACGAUGAGGGCCAUCGUACAUAUAUUGACGUAAAACACAAUUAGAAAGUAGAGAGAUCGGUACUAUUGAACAAAUCCUUUGUGUGUGUACUCACCUAAUUGUGCUUGCGGGGGUUGAGCUCUGGCUCUUUGGUACGAGGGUGGCCUCGUUUUGGGGCCCCCCAAAAUGUGUGUGUGUGUGUGUGUGAACACACACAUUUCUGAUCUCUGUGUGUACGGUACUGUUGAAUUUGGACAAACCGGAAAAGUUUUUGUACUGUUGUUGUAAAGAAAACUUAUCGUAAAAAUAUACACUAUCUGAGGCAUAAUACAGUACAUAUGUGUUAUACUAGACCUAGGAAUAUUUUUGUUUGGUUUAUAGCUUUUAUUUCUUUAGGACUCUUAUAAAGUGAAUAGUACCAAGUUCUAUCUUAAUUGUCUAUUACGUUUAUGUACGAUGGUCCACAUGGUUGGAAAAAGUGCUAUCUAAAGGGUGGGUUGGCGCACGAUACCCCCUUUAAAACAGUGUGAUACCAAAAGAUACAUAUAUAUAUAUUUAUUAGAAUACAUAUUGUGAUCAGUACAAUAAAUUUUUAUAAAAA